AAUCGAAACGAAUUUCGUGGAAUAAUUUCUUCACACUUGUGCGCAGCCGCUGCGGAUGGAAAUUUAAAUCCGUAAUAACUAUCGAAAGUCCCGGUACAGAGAGCCUGCGGCACUUUUGUGAAGUAACAAAACUAACUUGAGUGUUUUAGUUGACGUGAUCCAUUGCCACACGGUUCUUCGUUUUCCAUUAUUUUUCGUGUUAUGCGGAUAAAUAUUUUUGUUUCUAUGAGAGGUGAUGUGCAAAAGUAAACAGUGAAUUAUCUCCCUAGAAUAAAAUAAAUCGAUAAAGAUUAUUUUUCAAUUUAUCGCAGUACCUGUUGUCUGGUGAAUGAAUCCGAUAUGUCGCCAAAUUAUCGAGACAGUGUGACUAAUAAUGUCAUUGUAAAAAAUAACGAAAAAAUUCCGGGGGUUAUUUACAGACCAGCUGUUAAAUGGCCAGAUCUAUUUGUACAAAUUUUCAUUCAUGGUGGAUGUGCCUAUGGGAUUUAUCUUAUUUUCACCGAGGCCAAGUGGCUAACGACACUCUGGGCAUUCGUGACAAUCUACACAUCUGGCUUUGGAAUAACUGCUGGUGCUCACAGGUUGUGGUCUCACAGAUCCUAUAAAGCAACUUGGCCACUUCGUCUUAUUCUUGUGUUAUUGUUCACGAUAACAGGGCAGAGACACGUGUACGCCUGGGCGCUCGAUCAUAGAGUACAUCACAAGUACAGCGAGACUGAUGCUGAUCCUCACAAUGCUAAAAGGGGUUUUUUCUUUGCUCAUGUCGGAUGGUUAUUUACAACACCUCAUCCUGAUGUUGAGGAGAAACGAGGGGCAGUUGAUAUGAGUGAUCUUGAGGCUGAUGGUAUCGUCAUGUGGCAGAAAAAAUAUUAUGUACCACUUUUUGGUCUUCUCGCUAUUGGAUUUCCUGUUUGGAUUCCAUUUUACUUCUGGGGUGAAACACUCUGGACUUCUUUCUGGGUUAACUUCAAUUUUCGUUUUUGCGUUACACUGAAUAUCGCAUUCUUCGUGAAUAGUGUCGCCCAUAUGUGGGGUCAGAGGCCGUAUGACAAGCAUAUAUCUCCGGUUGAAAAUAUCGCUGUUUCUGUGGCGGCACUCGGUGAGGGUUGGCACAAUUAUCAUCAUGUUUUUCCAUGGGAUUACAAAACUGGAGAGCUUGGUGAUUACUCGUACAACAUUACUACUGGAUUUAUUGAUGGAUUUGCGAGAAUUGGUUGGGCUUAUGAUCGUAAAUAUGUUUUACCGGAGAUGGUGAGGAGGAGGGCAGUGAGAUCUGGGGAUGGAUCUCAUGUACCUAGUGUAUGGGGUUACGGUGACAAUGAUAUACUCCAGGAGGAUUUUGAUGAGUUGGAGAGGAUGAGGGACAAGUGCCAGUGAUUGGGAACAAUUUAUGUAUCGAAAUAUAUUUAUAUAUAUAUUUUUUUUAA